GUUUACACUUUUGACGUUACAUAUGCGUUACAUACAAAAGAAAUCAAAUUUUCGAAAACUUAUUAUAAAUUCAACUUACAGAAGGCAAUGUUUUCAAAUUUCCAAUAAAAUAUACAAAAUUUUGUCAUUAUGAAUAAGCAUACAUAACAGUCAUGAGUCCUAAAAAGCGAAAUAGGAGCAUAACAACACUUCCACCGAACGAUCAAUCUAAUGUUUUUGUCAACUUACAUGUUGAGAGGCAAAUAAAUUGCCUUGAUAAAGUUUUGGGUGAAAAUAUCAAUGAUUUUGUACCCCUUAAUCUGUCUAAAGGGGACUGUUCUGCCAAUAGCAAAUUUAUAGAUGAUAGGUCUACUUUUGAUAGUGAUUUAGAAGAUAUCUUUGACUUGAAACUAAGUGGUGUUAGUUCAAGUAGUUCACUAAGUUGGAGCGAUGAUUAUGAUAGUGAAGUUAAUAAGAAAGUUCAAACAGAACUAGAAAAAAUUGAUAGGUGUUUUCAAGGUUUUGAUGUACCUUUAGCCUACGAUAAAGCAGAAAUAGAAGAAUGGCGUACAUUUUUUCCACAUCUAAUCAUUUUGGGUUAUAAAACUCCAUCAAAUUCACUGGAAAAUUCUGAAGAAAGUUCAGCAUCAGAUGAUGAAGUUCAGACAAAUAAUGUAAAAAAUAAGUACGGCAAGAUAUACUUAAGAAAUCUAAAUAAAAUUAAAAACGAACAACAGAUGCAGAACUUGCUGUAUCAGAAGGGACAAAUGCUAGCAAAUAAACCAAAAAGUUUGGAUAUUGACCAGUACCUCAAAAUAUCAGCAAUUAAAAGUCCAUACUUGAACAGAAGUAAACAAGAUGCUCAGUCAGUCAUAACAACUGAUAGAUUCGAUGUAAAUACUUCAUUAGAGUCAAUUUCCCUGCCUUUUAUUACUGCCACGCCAUUGAAAAGUCAACCACGACGGCCGAUUAAACAGCAGCAAAGGACAGUUUCCAAGCUUAUCCUGCCACCCAUAAUGAACAGGCUUCGGUCUGUAUCAGCCACACCCAGACAAUCAUCCAGCAAGAGCAUGUUUGUGUGUUUGAAUUUCGAGAAAGAUGCUAAAGCCAAACAGGCUCAAAUGGAGCUGAAAAGUGAUCUUAUGAAGCUGUUCGAAACCAUUCCUAUUAGCAAUAGGUGAUAGAAAAAAUGAGUUGUCAUUCUAAAUAAAUUAUUUUUUUAUUAAA